GUCAGUUCCUCACCGCAUUUCGUUUCCCUCUUUUGUCUGACUUUCCAAAAAACCCAACUGAAAAACAAAAACAAAAUUCGAAACUAAAGACUCAAAUUGAAAUCAAAGAGAGAAGCUAAGCUAAAGAUUGCGAAUUGCUGUUUCGGAAAUUUUCAAGCUUAUGGUUUCCGUGAACCCCAACCCGGCUCAAGGUUUUUACUUCUUCGAUCCGAUGAAUAUGGGUCUUCCUGGUGUUAAUUCGGCCCCGCCUGCCAAUACGGUGGCGCCGCCGCUUCAUGUUCCACCUCCUCCUGCCACCUCCGGUGCUGGUAAUACUACAGUGUAUACGGAGGAUCCCAGUAAGAAAAUCCGGAAGCCUUACACUAUUACCAAGUCUAGAGAGAGCUGGACUGAGCAGGAGCACGAGAAGUUUCUCGAAGCUCUUCAAUUAUUUGAUCGUGAUUGGAAAAAGAUUGAAGCUUUUGUCGGGUCAAAGACAGUGAUCCAGAUCCGUAGUCAUGCACAGAAGUAUUUUCUAAAGGUUCAGAAAAAUGGGACAAGUGAACAUGUACCUCCCCCUCGACCAAAAAGGAAAGCAGCUCAUCCAUACCCGCAAAAAGCUCCCAAAACUGCUUCUGUUGUACCCCAAGUUGCUGGACCAUAUCAAUCUUCAUCUGCUUUGCAUGAACCUGGUUAUACAUACAGACGACAUUCAUCAUCAAUGCCUGGAAAUCCAAUUGCCACUGCAUCUUUGUCUUCCUGGAGUUACAACUCUGUGCCGCCUGUCACUGUGUCUCAAGUGACUAAAGAUGAUGCAGUGUUAGCUGGACCAACUAUUGUGCAUAAUUCUUGUUACAGUAGCAGUAGUGAAAGUACUCCCAGGACUUGGUCAUUUGGUGAAACAAUUGAUCGAGGAGAUCACUGGAAGCAAUCUAGAGUUUUGCCAGAUUUUGCUGAGGUGUACAGCUUCAUUGGCAGUGUCUUUGAUCCUGGUACAAGUGGGCACUUGCAGAAGUUGAAGCAGAUGGACCCAAUAAAUUUGGAAACUGUGUUAUUGUUAAUGAGAAAUCUCUCCAUCAAUUUGAUGAGCCCCGAUUUUGAGGAUCAUAGGAGGUUGCUUUCAACAUAUGAUGCAGGGUCCGAGGGUAUUAAACUCAGUAGUCCAUACAAUGAUGUUCACACUCGGAAAUCAGCAAGUGCAGUUCCAACAGCAUGAUAAGAUAAAAAAGAAAUCGAACGCGUUAACUUGCUAAUUGAGGUUAGAUGUGUAUGUAUGUGUAACAUAGGUAUGAUGUUCUCAGGACUUGGCAACUUAAUAGCAUAGCUUGUAAAUACACUGAUGUCAUCUCUUAUGUACCGUGUGUAUAUCAUACAAAAGUCAACCUGUUAGAGGCUACCGUGUGUAUAGGGUUUUGAGUGCUGCUUUUCUGAGUUUUGGUUGUAUAUUUUUUUUUCAGAAUUCCUUCUUGGGGUUUUGAUACUGUAAUAAAGUGAGUUUUGGGUGUCUUUGUUUUUUUGCCUCCAUUGUGGGUACACUGCUCUGGAGUACCAAAAACAUUGUUCUCGAGGUUGUUUUGCUCAUUCAAGUUAUAAGCUAAAUUGGAUCACA